GGGCUCUUGAGGACUGCUGCACCGAGCCAUGGUCUGCUCGGCCACCCCUGCACUGCUCCUGGCCAUGACUCUCCCCCUCGUGGGGUCACCAGUUGCCCGAGCAUCCCAGCCUGGACAGAGCCAGGCUGGAGGGGAAUCUGGGCAGCCACUGGACCAAGAAAGUGGAGCAGGUGAAUCAGCCCUGCUCUCAGUCUAUGCACAGCUGGACUUCGCACAUGAGACCUGGCCAGCAGCGCUCUCGGGACCCCUGACUCUCCCCGCUGCCUCAGUGUCCUCUGCCCCCGUAACGCUCACUGGCCUCAGCCUCACCACAGAGUGUAAGGUCAACCACGAUGGGUGUAGCUAUUGUGCCUGCCUGUCUGGGUACCAGUGGAACGCCAGUGUCUGCUCUCAUCAUGAUCCCUGCCAAACCCACCUCAAGCACCAGCCUUGUGGCUGCCUUGUCUUCAGCCCCAUGGAAGCCGGGUACUGCCAGCUGCUGCCACCUGCGGUCCCCUGUCCCCUGUUUCCUGCAGUCCCCGCCACCCUGAGCCUCAACUCCUGGCUGCAGAUGCCUGGCAGCACCCUGAACCUGACCCUCCUCACGAGCCAGGAGACCACCAACAUGAACUGGUUCCUGUGGCGCACAGGGAGCCCGAGCCCUGUCCUCCUGUGGGCAGGGACACGUGUGUCCCUGACCUCCAGCCCGGGCCGGGCUGUCCUCAGCAUCAUCAACAUCUCCCAUAAAUGGGCAGGUGAGUACGUCUGCUGCUUUGAGGCCCAGGGAUUCAGGUGGGAGCUGCAGCAGGUGGUGAGAGUGCCCCUGCGGCAGACAGACGUGACUCGGCUUCCAGACCAGCUCUCCAUCUCCUGUGCCACCUCCCCCGGCUUCCAGCUGAGUUGCUGCAUCCCCAGCACACACCUGGGAUACACGGCCUCCUGGAGCCCCAGAGAGGGCAGUGAAGCCGCCUUAAUCCACACAGCGGACUCCCAGUGCUUUGGGCUGGCUGUUCAGCACUGCCCUACAGCUGACACCACGUACACCUGUGACCUGCAGAGCCCAGGACUGACCCCUGUCAGGGUCGCUGUCUCUGUCACCGUCAUCCAGGAUGGAGACGCCACCUGCCCUGAGGAAGCCUCAGCUGUGGCCUGGAACGUCACCAAGGCUGGCCAUGUGGCACAGGCCCCGUGUCCGGGGAACAGGACGGGCAUGGUGAAGAGGGCUUGUGGGACGGAUGGGGUCUGGGGGCCCAUCCACAGCGGCUGCACAGACACGGGGCUCCUGGCCUUGCUUCAAAGAGUCCGGCUGCUGCGGGCCGGCCAGGGCUGGCCUGCGACAGAGGUGCCACAGAUCCUGGCUCAGCUGCCGGAACACGUAGUGGUGGUGGCCUCAUCCUCCGACUUACUGGCACUGGUGCACACCAUGACAGUCCUGGCCAAGGUGGUGGCAGAUGCCAGAAUACAGCUCAACUACAGCGGCCUGGAGGCUCUUCUGAACACCACGGACAAGGUCCUUGACAUGGACUCCGGAUCCCUGUGGACCCCGGCCCGGGCCCAGAAGCCCUCGGUGGGCUCCAACCUCCUGUUGGCUGUGGAGACGCUGGCACGCAGCCUGUGCCCACGGGACCUGCCCUUCUCCUUCGUCUUGCCCAACGUGCAGCUGCAGACCCAGCUCCUGGGGCCCACGUCUCCUGCUGACUACAGAGUGUCCUUCCUGACUCAGCCCCCGCUGCGGGCAUGGAUUCCCAGGCACUCACUGGCCCCACUGAGCCGUAACGGCACCAAUGUCAGUAUUACCAGCCUGGUGCUGCAAAAACUGGACCACCUUCUGCCCACGAACUAUGGACCAGGGCUGGGGGACUCUCUCUCUGUCACUCCUGGUCUGGUCCUCGUCAUCUCCAUCACAGCAGGUGGCCAGGUCUUCAACCAGGGAGAGGUCAUCAUGGACUUUGGGGACACAGAUGGCAGCUCCCACUGUGUCUUCUGGGACCACGAUCUCUUCCAGGGCAAGGGGGGCUGGUCUGACGCAGGGUGCCGGGUGCAGGCAGCCAGUGCCAGCCCUACCACUCAGUGUAUCUGCCAGCACCUCACUGCCUUCUCCAUCCUCAUGUCCGGACACACGGUUCCCCAAAACCCCACCCUGGAGCUGCUGAGUCAGAUGGGCUUGGGGGCCUCCAUUCUGGCACUGCUGCUGUGCCUGGGUGUGUACAGGCUGGUAUGGAGAAUCGUGGUGCGGAACAAAGUUGCCUACUUACGCCACGCGGCCCUGCUCAACAUGGUGCUCUGCCUGCUGGCCGCAGACACCUGCUUCCUCGGGGCCUCACUGCUUCCUCCAGGGCCCCGCAGCCCCCUCUGCCUGGCCACUGCCUUCCUCUGUCACUUCCUCUACCUGGCCACCUUUUUCUGGAUGCUGGCCCAGGCCCUGAUGUUGGCCCACCAGCUGCUCUUUGUCUUCCAUCAGCUGUCCAAGCACCGAAUGCUCUCCCUGAUGGUGCUCCUUGGCUACCUGUGCCCACUGGGGUUCGCAGGUGCCGCCCUGGGCCUCUACCUGCCCCGAGGGCAAUACCUGGGGGACGGGGAGUGCUGGCUGGACAGGAAGGGAGGGGCGCUCUACACCUUCGCGGGGCCAGUGCUGGCCAUCGUGGGCGUGAACGGGCUGGUACUCACCAUGGCUGUGCUGAAGCUGCUGCGACCUUCCCUGUCGGAGGGACCCCAGGUGGAGAGGCGCCAAGCCCUCCUGGGCGUGCUCAAAGCUCUGCUCAUUCUCACACCCAUCUUUGGCCUCACCUGGGGGCUGGGCCUGGCCACUCUGUUGGAGGACAUCUCCGUGGUCCCGCACUACCUCUUCACAGUGCUCAACGCCUUCCAGGGCGUCUUCAUCUUAUUGUUUGGUUGCCUCACGGACAGGAAGGUCCAAGAGGCUUUACGCAAACGCUUCUGUCGCGCCCAGCCCCCCACAUCCACCAUCUCCCUGAGCACAAAUGAAGCCUACAUCCCGGAACAUAGCAAAGGAAGAAGCCAGGAUGCCAGGUGAGAAUGAAGCCCUGGGGGCAGCGUGCAGCGAGGAUGAGGAUACAAAGGGCUUUCUAGCAAAGCUCUAAAAAGGAAACUCCUCUUCAUAUGCCUGUCCCAACCCAAAAGACAGAACACAGACUUCUCCAAGUAGAUGUUUCUAGAUGGGCUGGAGAAGGCGGAGGCCUCAGAGAGCGGUGGACAUGGCAUCCCCUCCUGCUUUCCCAGAAAGACGGAAGGAAUGUCACCACCGCCAACCCUUGAGUUAGCUCACUCUGAAAAUUCCUUUUCACACUAUCAAAAUUUUAGUUAACCUGAAAAACAAUUGUUUUGAAGGAAUUGCAUUGGUGGGUCUGGUGUCCAGAGGGUAGGGUAGACGGCAGAGGCUUCAGGGCCAGCAUCUUUUAUGGGGAAGACAGAAGUUUGAGUGACCCACUUGCAGAGCCUGGUUCCUUCAAGGGAGCCAAGGAUGUGUUCUUGAAUCCAGGGACAGGACACUUCCCAGCUCAGCCCUGGGGAAAGAUAGGUUUGUUUCCAUUAGUCACACUCAUUUCUCUCGAAGCUCACCUGUCCCCACCCCUAAAUUAUCUAAGCGAGAAAAGCAUGAAAAACCAGUUAAAGCUACCUAAUACCUGUCUUUGCUGAAAAAGCAAUCAACAGAUAUCAAAGUUCAAAAU